AUGGUAUUUGCCAUUGAAGAAAUCAACAACAGAGCUGAUAUUCUUCCUGGUAUCAGUUUGGGUUACAAAAUCUAUGAUUCAUGUGGAUCAAUAGAAAUGGCUCUUAGAGCCUCUCUGUCAUUAGUUAAUGGGGCAAAUGGCUCUCAGAUGCCCUGUCAAAGAACUAACACAAUCCAAGCUAUCAUUGCAGAAACAUCUUCCACUCCAACUAUUGCCAUUUCUGCCACUGUCGGACCUCUGCAUUUACCUGUGGUACUUAAUGCCUUGAGGGAAGUGAGUUUCUUCACCGAAAGAGGUGAAAAGGUGUUCUUUGAUAAAAAUGGGGAUCCGGCAGCAAGGUAUGAUCUCUUGAACUGGCAGCAGGGGGAGGAUGGGACAACAGAGUUUGUUAAAGUGGGUUUCUAUGAUGCAUCUUUACAACCAGGAUUCCAGCUUUCAUUUAACAACAUCAGCAUAGUGUGGGCCAAAAAUCAACACCAGGUACCUGUGUCUGUGUGCAGUGAGAGCUGUCCCACGGGCACUAGGAAGGCUGUGAAAAAAGGAAAACCCGUCUGCUGUUAUGACUGUAUUCCAUGUGCAGAAGGAGAAAUAAGUAAUAAGACAGAUUCAGUGAUGUGUCUCAAGUGCCCUCCAGAAUUUUGGUCAAACAAAUGGAGAGAUACAUGUGUCCCAAAACUUGUGGAAUUUAUAUCAUUUGAAGAUGUGAUGGGAAUAAUUCUAGUACUGUUUUCUUUAUUGGGUGUGUCUUUUACAUUAGGUAUUGCAGUAGUUUUCUUUGUACAUAAGGACACCCCCAUAGUAAAAGCCAACAACUCAGAGCUGAGCUUCCUGCUGCUCUUUUCAUUGACUCUCUGUUUCCUCUGUUCACUUACUUUCAUUGGUCGGCCCACUGAGUGGUCCUGUAUGUUGCGUCACACAGCAUUUGGGAUCACUUUUGUCCUCUGUAUCUCCUGUGUUCUGGGGAAAACAAUAGUGGUGUUAAUGGACUUCAGGGCUACACUUCCAGGAAGUAAUGUCAUGAAAUGGUUUGGGCCCUUGCAGCAAAGACUCAGUGUCAUUACUUUCACUCUAUUACAGUUUCUAAUUUGUGUGCUUUGGUUAACAAUAUCCCCUCCUUUCCCAUAUAUGAACAUGAAUUAUUACCAAGAGAGAAUAAUUCUAGAAUGUAAGUUAGGAUCCAAUUUUGGUUUCUGGGCUGUGCUCGGUUAUAUUGGCCUGCUGGCUCUCUUGUGCUUCAUUUUGGCUUUUCUAGCUCGAAAAUUGCCUGAUAACUUCAAUGAAGCAAAAUUCAUCACAUUCAGUAUGCUCAUAUUCUGUGCUGUAUGGAUCACAUUUAUUCCAGCUUAUGUCAGUUCCCCUGGAAAAUUCACUGUAGCUGUGGAGAUAUUUGCUAUUUUAGCUUCAAGUUUUGGUUUACUAUUUUGCAUAUUUGCUCCAAAAUGUUACAUUAUUUUACUCAGGCCAGAACAAAACACAAAGAAACACAUGAUGGGUAAAUAA